AUGCCUCCCAAGAAGGUUGUCCAGGAGGAAAAAAUCCCCCUUGGCCGACCCGGAAAUAACUUGAAGAGCGGAAUUAACUUCCCCUAUGCCACCAUUGAUCCUGAAGAAGCUCGUGUCAUUGUGCCCGAUGCUAGAUUUGACUGGCUAUGCGAGAAAUAUAAGCCCAAAUCGCAGGUUCCCGCGAAUUUGACGGUGUAUGAUAUCGCUGGACUCACGCGCGGUUCAUCCACCGGAGCCGGCCUCGGAAAUGCCUUCUUGUCGCAUAUUCGCGCCGUAGAUGCCAUUUUCCAGGUUGUUCGAUGCUUCGACGAUGCUGAAAUUAUCCACAUCGAGGGUGAUGUUAACCCCACCCGAGACUUGGAUAUUAUCAGCGAAGAGCUGAGACUCAAAGAUAUUGAAUUCGUUGAGAAGGCCCUGGAGAAUCAGAAGAAGAAGACCCGUAUGGGCGGUCAAAGCCUUGAGCUCAAGAAGGCUAAGCUGGAGCAAGAUAUCAUUGAGAAGAUCUUGGCUUGGCUGCAGGAUGGUAAGGAUGUCCGCAAAGGCGUCUGGGGUCCUAAAGAGGUGGAGGUUAUCAACCCUCUGUUCCUGUUGACGGCUAAACCCGUGGUUUAUCUCGUGAAUCUCUCUGAAAAGGACUAUGUCCGAAAGAAGAACAAGCACCUCCCAAAGAUUGUUGAGUGGGUUAAGGAACAUGCCACUGGCGACCCAAUUAUUCCUAUCUCCGUGUCUUAUGAAGAGCGAUUGACGCGCUAUGAGACCGAGGACGAGUCCAGGGAGGAACAAAAGAACGUUGGGGCCGAGUCGGCGCUCCCUAAAAUUAUCACGCAGAUGCGCAAGACUCUUCAGCUGGGUAGUUUCUUCACAUCCGGCGCAGAUGAGGUUCGCCAAUGGACCAUCCGCACUGGCACCAAAGCGCCACAGGCCGCCGGUGUCAUUCACACAGAUUUUGAGAAGACCUUUAUUCAGGCCAUCGUUUACAACUUUGAUACGCUGAAGGAGCUGGGUGACGAAGCUGAGGUAAAGGCGAAGGGGAAGAUGAUGACCAAAGGCAAGGAAUAUGUUGUGGAAGAUGGCGAUAUCCUACUUAUCAAGGCUGGUGCUGCUAAGGGUUGA